UUUCUGUGCUCAGGGUGGAGUUUAACAGCGGAGAAUAGAGGAGCACUUUAGGACAUUGCUUCUUCUAUGUAGUCUAUACAGGGGAUGGAAGAUGCUUCUAACACUUGUCAGUUAGUACUUAAGUUACUCAGUAUUCUAGUUUUAAGUUACUCAGUAUUCUAGUUUUAAGUUACUCAGUUAGUACUUUAAUUUGGUCCCAGGUCCUACAGAUCCUGAGUUUUUUGCGGGUAGUGCAGUAGCAUUAUGGGGGCACGGUUGUGCACUGUUAGGUGGACGCCAGAUGGAGAGUGUCUAGAAUGUGUGUGAGUUCCCGGUGUGAUCUCUGCAUGUCUGUGACAGUGUAUUUGAUUUGAUCUGUGUGAGGAUAUGCCUACUAACGUGUGUGUAUUCCAGUCAGCUGUCGUCUGAGAUAAAUACGUGUCGUGGGGAGCUGUCAUCCAUGGAGCAGGAGCUGCAGAGGCUGCGGAGAGACACCAGUAUGAAUUCCUCCCAGCUCAGCUACGUGGAGGAGACCCUGCAGAAGACCCAGGGCCUACUGGAGGAGAAGAACAACACGGUUGUGGACUUGGAGGAGAAGCUCCACUGCUGUGAGGAGGACAGGCGGACCUCUGUGCAGCAUGUGAAGGAUCUGGAGGGACAGCUACAGGAGGUGCGCGAUGAGAUGCACGACACCCUAGAGAAACUACAGGAGCUGAGAGACCUGUUACAGGCCUCGCAGCUUGGCGCAGAUGAACGACAGAUUUCAUUGGAGAAACUGUCCGCCGAGCUCAGGUGAGCCUCUCUGCCAACCGCCCGACACACAU